CGAAUGUUCGCAAAGUUAAUUCCUCGAAGACCGAAAAGAUGACUGAACUAGAUAGACGGAAGCUCGUGACCUUCACAGCAGACACGAUCAAAAAUGUGUCAAGCGAUGAGUACCCGCAGUACUACCCGGGCGGAGAGGACUACUCUUGGAGCGUAGACAAGUUCAAAAAGAACUUUCGAAUACAGAUGCACAAAGCCGAGCCCCUAAAUGCGACGUUUUCACUCAUUGGGAUUGAUGCCAGCAUUGCCAACGCGUUCCGGCGCAUUCUCCUAGCAGAGAUCCCCACGUUGGCCAUAGAGACUGCCUUUAUAAUGAACAACACUUCUAUUGUGCAAGAUGAAGUGUUGGCUCACCGACUUGGUCUUAUUCCGCUAAAAGGUGGGAAAGAGGGAAUUCAGCUCAUGACGAGAGUCAAAAAGAGAGAAGACGGCACGGCCGAAAGUGUUUUCAGUGACUACAACACGGUUGUUCUGAAUCUCAAAAUCGAAUGCAAGUGGAAACCAAACGGUCCGCAAAAGGCUCGAAACGGAGUCACGGAUGUGGACGAGCUAUAUGAGAACCCGAAUGUUUACGCAAAACAUCUCGUAUUUGAACCGCAAGGCCGUCAAACGGAAUGGUUUGAUGGCGAAAAUGCUAUCCGACCAGUCCAUCCAGAUAUUCUCAUCGCAAAGCUGCGUCCUGGUCAAACUAUACAUGCAGUCUUGCAUUGCAACAAAGGCAUUGGCGCUGAUCACGCCAAAUUCUCACCCGUCGCGACGGCUUUCUAUCGCCUUCUGCCGCAGAUUGACAUAGUGAAGCCUAUAUUUGGCAAGGACGCCUUAAAGUUCGCGCGUUGUUUUCCCAAGGGCGUUAUCAAGAGAGUACCUGUUACUCAGGAGGACUUAUCGCAGCCUGGUUUCGAGGGCGCGAAAGAAGGAGAUGAGAAGGCGGUGGUCGACGAUCCAAUGAAGGACACGGUGUCCAGAGAAUGUUUGAGGCAUGAUGAAUUUAAGAACAAGGUGAAGCUGGGAAGGGUGCGCGAUCAUUUUAUUUUCUCGGUAGAGAGCACAGGUCAGUUUGAUAGCGAAGAACUGUUCAUCGACAGCGUGAAGCUUCUCAAAACAAAGUGCGCGAGGGUGAAGAGAUCGCUUGCACGCUUGAAAGGCAUGAAUUAAAUGAGUUUUGGCCUGCUCUGGCUGAGAAUAGAAAUCUGCGGCGGUUCUCCUUCUAGCAUUUUGGGUAGCAUAGCGUUGGCGUCUGCUUUAAUACCACUGUAUAUUUCAAUUCAGAGUGAAGACCAUGAAAACAUGAAGUGGGACUCAAUCA